CACCCGAAAGACCCGGGUUCAAGUCCCGGCAACGGAACUUUUUUAUUUUGAGUGUUCUAUCGCUUAUUUAAAACGACACCGUAUUAUGGAUGCAUUACCGACCCGGCUUCUCUGACCUUUCAGACGAGCCGACCGACGACGACGGAAUAUGAAAAAAAAGUUGGUUUGAUUUUUCUUUUUUCUUUUCUUCCCCCUUUUUUCUCGCGGGUUCUAAUUUUCCCUUUCCUGUCCCAAAGUUCGCUCGCUGAAAGAAACACACCGCUACUCAGAAGAAGAGAGUUCUUCCCCGACCCGCUUCUCUCUCCCUUUCCCUCGGAAUCCUUCCGCCCUUUUCCUCCCCCCAUAUUAUUCCUCCUUCGGCUUCCGAAAGCUUCUUCCGCUCACCGCUGAACAAGGUAAUUUCAUCCUCUCCGAUUUGAGAUCCGCUGUUUGCUCAGCUGGACUCUUGAUUGUAUUUUUCUCUUCUCUCGAUUUGAUUUCGUUUCUCCGGUAUGAUGUCGCGAUUUGCUGUCGCUUUGGUCGAGAUUAAGAUGGAGUGAGUGAAUGAAUGAAUCGACUGUUGGUUUGUGUCUGUUCAUGGCUGCGGCUUUUCAGGUAGUGAUUAUUUCAAGUGAAUUUGGAGCUUCUGUGGAAAGCCAGCCAUGGUGCUGUUCAGAGGCCUCUCUCGUCUUUCUUCCACUCUCCGUUCCCGCACUGUUCAGCAGCCUAAUAAUCUCGGUUCCGUAAGAUGGCUUCAAAUGCAGACCUCCACUGAUCUUGACCUCCACUCCCAGUUGAAAGAGUUGAUCCCAGAGCAACAGGAGCGCCUCAAAAAGAUCAGAUCGGAUUAUGGAAAAGUUCAGUUGGGAAACAUCACCACCGACAUGGUAAUUGGUGGGAUGCGAGGAAUGGUUGGAUUGCUAUGGGAGACCUCACUGCUUGAUCCGGAAGAGGGGAUUCGCUUUAGAGGUCUCUCAAUUCCUGAAUGCCAAAAGGUGUUACCGGCUGCUCAGCCUGAUGGAGAACCAUUACCGGAGGGUCUUCUGUGGCUUCUUCUAACGGGAAAGGUGCCAAGCAAGGAGCAAGUUAAUGCCUUAUCAAAGGAAUUGCGAGAUCGUGCUGCUGUCCCAGAUUAUGCAUUUAAGGCCAUUGAUGCUCUCCCUGUCUCAGCUCAUCCAAUGACUCAGUUUACAACUGGUGUCAUGGCACUUCAGGUCCAAAGUGAGUUUCAGAAAGCAUAUGACCAGGGUAUUCAUAAAUCAAAGUACUGGGAGCCUACAUUUGAAGAUUCUCUAAAUCUAAUUGCUCGUCUUCCAGCAGUGGCUGCAUAUGUUUACCGAAGAAUAUUCAAGGAUGGAAAGAUCAUACCCAUGGACGAUUCUCUAGAUUAUGGUGCAAAUUUCUCGCAUAUGUUGGGAUUUGAUGAUCCCAAAAUGCACGAGCUUAUGAGGCUUUAUGUGACAAUCCAUAGUGACCAUGAAGGUGGUAAUGUUAGUGCACACACUGGUCAUCUGGUUGCCAGUGCACUUUCGGAUCCUUACCUUUCAUUUGCUGCUGCAUUAAACGGUUUAGCUGGACCCCUUCAUGGCUUGGCAAAUCAGGAAGUUCUGCUAUGGAUCAAAUCUGUUGUGGAGGAAUGCGGCGAAAAUAUAAGUAAAGACCAAUUAAAAGAUUACGUCUGGAAGACAUUGAACAGUGGAAAGGUCGUUCCUGGAUUUGGACAUGGAGUCCUGCGAAAAACCGAUCCUAGAUACAUGUGCCAGAGAGAGUUUGCAUUGAAGCAUUUGCCCAAGGAUCCACUCUUCCAGCUGGUUUCUAAGCUCUACGAUGUUGUGCCUCCAAUUCUUACCGAGCUGGGCAAGGUUAAGAACCCAUGGCCCAAUGUCGAUGCCCACAGUGGAGUGUUGUUGAACUACUACGGUCUAACAGAAGCCAGGUACUAUACCGUUCUGUUUGGUGUCUCGAGGAGUAUCGGAAUCUGCUCUCAGCUGAUAUGGGACCGAGCUCUCGGGUUGCCCCUCGAGAGGCCGAAGAGUGUCACGAUGGAGUGGCUUGAAAACCACUGCAAGAAAGCUGCCGCAGCCUGAUCCUCGUGAGUCUCGGAAUGGAUGAUUCUGUCCACGACGGUAGGCUACAUAACACAUGGUUGGCGGCGGGUGAUGGUGUGCAGUGAUGAAAACCAGGGCUGGUUGGAUGUUUUCGUUUUUCUCAGUGUUUGAUUCUCACAUAAUUGUUCCCUGCCAUCAAGGGGGUGGCUGCUUGUCAAUAAAUCUGUGUUAUUUUUUUCCAUAUUUCCCCUUCUUCUGGAGAGUAGAAACCUAGAGCAGAACCACUUCCGGCGUGUGCCCCCUUUUGAAUAAAUAAGUUGAAAAUGGCUUAAAUUUCAUAGCCUGGUUUCCUCUUUUUGUUCUAUCGUGUUAAGUUCUUAAAAUUAAGUUGCAGAAGCAGUAGAUCUUCUGCAGAUGGUUUGGUUGGUUUGUUUUGGCUUUUACAGGGAAAUAAGAGAGGGACGAUAGAAAAAGACCUUAGCCCCUUCGAGGACAUCCGAUAAAAGUGCGCGAAAAAUAUGAGCUUCGCACAUAAAAAAGUUAAUUAAGAAUCAUCAACUGGUGUAAACAUAUCAUCCGUAUGAAUGAAUUCAUCUCGCUUGUAGGGAUUAGCUUUCACUUUUCAUAUCCAAAUAGUAGUCUGGUUCAUACUUUCCAAACUCGAACAUGGCAAUUGGGGGUCUCCGACACUCGGUAGAACUUGAGAAUAACGUGUGAAGUCAAAUAUGCUUGAAACUCGUCAUAGUGAAGUCUUGGAAACUCAUGUACGAUCGUUCAACAUACCAAAAUUUAUAGAACAUAAUCAAUUAUCAAAGUGCAAGUAGAGGGGUUUUUCACUUUUUCUCACAUUUGAAGAGUCUCAUCUAACAAGAAGGAAGGAAAAAUUUGGACUUGGGUAACCCAUCAACCUUUUGUUCUUCUAUGACAAAAAGAUAAAUAAACCUCAUUUGAUAUCCAAGAAAAACUAUGCGUAUGAACUCAUAUAAAAAAAAAAAGAGUAAAAUUCAUUAUCUAAA